UCCUCUACCACCACUCCAAAUCCAAAAACUCUUCAGCACUGUCCGCACCCAUUACAGAGCGUGGAAAAAGCAAAAUUGGGUGCCCCAAUACUCUAUUCCUCUUUUCUUCUCUCCCGUCUAUAUUGAUUCUCACGUUUCAUUUCUCAUCUCAUGCACCGCAUGUAUUCUCUGUAUCUCUCUCUCAAAUCCCAAUUUUACAUACUUUCUUAAUUUCCAAUCUAAUGUGUUAAUACUCACUCUUCCAUCAAUUCCCAGCAAUUUUUCUUUCUUCUUCUUUUUGUAUAAAAUAUUUUAGAUCUCACAAUAAGCUUAAGAAAUGGCUUCAAUUUCUUCAAGUCCUCGAACUGUAGAAGAGAUCUUCAAGGAUUUUAGCGCUCGUCGGGCUGGAAUUGUUCGGGCUUUAACUCAGGAUGUAGAUGAGUUCUACGGUCUGUGUGAUCCAGAGAAGGAGAAUUUGUGCCUAUAUGGACAUCCAAAUGAAACCUGGGAAGUCAACCUUCCUGCUGAGGAAGUCCCACCAGAGCUUCCAGAGCCUGCCCUUGGGAUAAAUUUUGCAAGGGAUGGUAUGAACCGUAGAGAUUGGCUUUCACUGGUUGCUGUGCAUAGUGAUUGUUGGUUGCUUUCUGUGGCGUUCUACUUUGGAGCACAGAUCAACCGGAAUGAAAGGAAGCGUCUUUUUAGCUUAAUAAACGAUCUUCCCACUGUCUUUGAAGUUGUGACAGAAAGAAAGCCCGUGAAAGACAAACCCAGUGCAGAUAGUGGGAGCAGAUCACGAGGCAGUACAAAGAGAACCAGUGAUGGUCAGGUGAAAAGCGCCCCAAAGCUAGCUGAUGAAAGUUAUGAAGAAGAUGAAGAAGAGCACGGUGAAACGCUGUGCGGCAGCUGUGGAGGAAACUACAAUGCGGAUGAGUUCUGGAUUGGGUGUGACAUCUGUGAGAGGUGGUUUCACGGGAAGUGUGUGAAGAUAACGCCUGCUAAAGCCGAGAAUAUAAAGCAGUACAAGUGUCCGUCUUGCAGCUUGAAGCGGGGCAGACCGUAGAGAUUGAGAAACCAGAGGCCAACAAUCAAUUGUGUUGCUUUUGAUGCUGACAUAAUAGUAUAGCCAAGCCAAUAUUACCUUUGUAAUGGAUCUGUUGUUGUGAUGCAUCCAUGUUGAAAAUCAGAACCAUAGAACAAUUUAUAGGUUUUUUCAUUGUUACGUUGUAGAGAUGCUUUUAUUAUGAUGUUUAUACAGCAUAAUAAUAAUAAUGUGUGCUUUUGGAGUUUCUA